UUUUAAAUAUGUAAACUAAGCAAUCCUAAACACGUUCUUGGUAACAAAUCCUCAUAGAUAUUUCCUCAUGUAUGAUCUAGUUGUCUUUAGGUUAUAUUUGUGUUGAAUUGAUGAUGUCUAUUAAUUUGCACUUUCUUAAUCUAUAUACAUCUAAAAUCAGUGUUGCUGCAUUUGGAAUUUCUUGGAUGAUCAUCACAAUUUUGUUACUACCUUUUGGAAUAGGUAUUAUAUUAAUUAAUUAUAAAGGUCUUAAUCAAGCAUUAAACACCAUGGCUUCUUAAGCGAUUGGAUUAGGAAAAAAUAAACUUUCACUUAUUUAUUUAAAUUUUACACUUUCUUCCUAAGUCCUGAUAUUUAUUCCACUUCUCAUAGUGAUUUUAUGUCUUAAAACUCCUUUUAGUUAUUUGAUCGUUGAAAACAGAGAAGAAACCAUAAAUAUUGCAUGGUAAUUAUUUAUUAUAUAUAAUACAUAGGGAACUCAUUAUUCCAUUAUCAUUGACCUCAUUAACAUUAUUAAUAUUUGAAAGUUUAAAAAGUUAUUUGAUAUCAUGUGAAGUUUUUAGACCAUUCAUGAUUAUUCAUUUAGUUACCUUGGCAUUUCAUACAUUUUGGUGUUGGCUACUAGUCUCUAAUUUUGGAACCUAUGGAGUUUGUAUUGCUACCAUUAUCUCUGAGUCAACAAACAUCCUUUUUUUACUAAUUUAUGUCAGGCAAUAAGAAGACCUGUAAAUAAAAUUUAAAUCAUUUUAAUUCAAAUUACUGUUGCAAUCUCAUUUUCAUAUUUAUUAAGAAUACCUUAAAAAUACUAUAUCAAUCAUAGUUCAUAUCUAUUUAAAUACAGGAAUAUUUAUUAUAUUAUCAUUUACUGCUAUUUCUUUAGGUAUUGAUGCCACCAAUGCUUAAUUAGCUCUAUCCAACACAUCAUCUCUAUACUUUAGAUUGCCUUUUUGUUUAUCAAUUGCUUUAAUGACUUAUGUUGGCAAUUAAAUUAGUUAAGGAAAUAUUAUUAAUGCUAAAAAUUAUAUUAAAUAUGGUAUAAUAUUAUAUUUCAGCAUUUUGGUGGUCAUUAUGAUGAUUUUCUAUUUUUACCAUCUUGAAUGGGCUCACUUCUAUACUAAUGAUUAAAUAGUCUAGCAUAUACUAUUGAAAACUUUGCCAUUUUUUUUAUUUGGGAGUGUGAUUAUAGAUGGGUUAUAAAUAGCAUUAAGUGGAGCACUUAAAGGUCUUGAUGAAGGAAAGUUAGUAUCAAAUUACACUUUAUAUUCUGCAUAUUUUGUGGGUAUUCCACUCAUUUUAAUAUUAACAAAUAUUUUUGAUUUAGGAUUAAUUGGAAUUUGGUUAGGUUUUGGAAUAUGUAAUCUUUUAUUAUCAAGUUUAUUUAUUUAUACAUUAUGCAAAAUCGAUUGGAAUAUGCAUGCUAUACAUAUUAAAGAUAAAUUUGAUAAAUAAUCACAAUAAAUGGAAACAACCAUGGAAUUGUAAGAUUUAUGUUGA